AUGUCUCCUCCAUCGGGCGCAACGGAGAGGGAGUCCAACCUGGCGCGUCUGCUGGGCUCUGGAUCCGCCGGUAUUUCUGAGCUCGCUGUCUUUCAUCCCGUUGACACCAUCGCGAAGCGCCUAAUGAGCAACGAGACUCGGAUCAAAAACUCGUCGCAGCUAAAUGCAGUCAUCUUCAAAGACAAGGCGGCCGCGCCUGUGGGAAAGAAGUUCGUGUCGCUGUUCCCUGGCCUGGGAUACGCUGCCGGAUACAAGGUCCUCCAGAGAAUAUACAAGUACGGCGGACAGCCCGUGGCCCGCGACUACCUGACGAAGCACUACGGCUCAGACUUCGAGGCGGCAUUCGGCAAGAAGACGGGCAAGGCCAUUCUGCACUCGACAGCAGGUAGUCUGAUCGGCAUUGGCGAGAUCGUGCUCCUUCCCUUGGAUGUGCUCAAGAUCAAGCGCCAGACAAACCCUGAGGCGUUCCGUGGCAGAGGCGUGCUGAAGAUUGUCGCGGAUGAGGGCUUCGGAUUGUACAGAGGCUGGGGCUGGACCGCUGCACGGAACGCUCCUGGCUCCUUCGCGCUGUUUGGAGGGUCUGCGUUCGCCAAGGAGUACCUGUUCAAGCUCCAGGACUACAACAAGGCAUCGUGGUUCCAGAACUUUGUUGCCUCGAUUGCUGGCGCCACGGCGUCUCUGGUAGUCUCUGCCCCUCUCGAUGUCAUCAAGACACGUAUCCAGAACAGAAACUUUGAAAAUCCUGAGGGCGGGUUCAAGAUCCUGACCAAGAUGGCCCGGAACGAGGGCAUAAGUGCUUUUUUCAAGGGUCUUGUGCCUAAGCUCCUCAUGACCGGACCCAAGCUGGUAUUCUCCUUCUGGCUCGCUCAGACUUUGAUCCCAGCAUUCGACAAGGUCAUCGCCGGCAAGUAACGUCCCAGCGAGACAGGAAAAAUUGAAGGAAAAAGGAGGCCAAGGUGUAUAAUUCUACAUGAUAGAUAAGAUGGAGAAUGGCGUUUGGCUUUUUUGUUGGGGAGGAAGACUAUAUUACAUAUGCUUGAUGUCGUGAGCGGUACUCAAGAGCGUCCUGGACCUGCUCAAGUGGCUGCCAUACAUUCUGUGUAUGGACAAGACUUGAAGGGUCUACCUGGCGAAUACAAUACCCAACUCUAUUUAGCCUCGCAGUUCCUAUCGCAGGCUAUCCUUUC